AACGAGGAUGAAAAUAGAUCAGGAUUUGUAUUCCCUGGAGUGUGAGAGCUGAAAGGGUGACCUAAUGGAGGGGAUGAAGGUGAUUAAAGAAUUGGAUCGAGUGGAUAGGAAUUAUGCCCCUAUGAAGGGGGAGCUAGGUGAACCGGCCUGUAUCCAGGGAAUGUCAGGGUACUGUCUGUCCCACAAUCUCACUGAGUCUUCUGUGUCUCUGUAAGCCAAUUAUCCCCUUCAAAUCCAGCUCUUUGCUGUGAUGUGAAGACUGGUUUCUCCUAUAGAAAACCAGCUGGUCAUUCUCCUUUGAGGCUCCAAUCCGUUUAAAAGUGGUCGUUUGCUGGGACAGGGACAGUGUGAGGACAAUAUGAUGUUGGCGAGCUGGGUGAUGUCAGUCCGUGUGUGGAUUGUGGGAAAUUAAAAUCAUUGAAGUCACGUCAUUGUUCACCCCCCCACCCUCCACCCCGACAGGGAGCAAGGGAGUGUGAGAGAGACAGGGAGAGAGAGGCAGAGAGGGAGUGUGAGAGAGAUAGAGGGAUGCUGCGGAGGUCACUCAUGUCAGAGGAGUUUCCAGCCUGAGCCUCUGUGAACAGGAGGUAACAGGAUACCAAGUCCUUGCUAAAUCGACAGGGGACAAUUUCCAACAGCACUGAGCCAGAGAUUCAUUGUCAGGACCUUUCCUAGGACUACCAUCUGUCAGACACUCACAAAAGCUCCUAUCAUGUCCACCAUGGUCUGUCCGAGGGAGGAGAAGCUGGAGAAGCUAACGCAGGAUGAGAUAGUAACGAACACAAAGGCGGUGAUCCAAGGCCUGGAAACCCUGCGAAGCGAGCACACAUCUAUCCUCAGCUCCCUGCUUGACACUGUCCAUUCCCUGCACAAGGAGCAAGACCCAAACGUGGUGCAGGAGAAAUCAUCACUCCUCCAGAAAUCCCUCGAGAACAUCGAGCUGGGGCUCGGUGAGGCCCAGGUGAUCAUUGCCCUGUCGACCCACUUGAACACAGUGGAUUCAGAGAAGCAGAAGCUGCGAGCGCAGGUCCGGAGGCUGGUGCAGGAGAACCAGUGGCUGAGGGAUGAAUUGGCUGGGACCCAGCAGAAGCUGCAGCACAGUGAGCAGGCCGUCGCUCAGCUGGAGGAGGAGAAAAAGCACCUCGAGUUCAUGAACCAGAUCAAGAAAUUCGACGAGGACGUCUCUCCCUCGGAUGAUAAAGGAGGAGAUUCUGCGAAGGAUGGACUGGACGACCUUUUCCCCAGCGAUGAACAUGCACCAG